UCGGUUACGACGGAAUCAACCAAUCGAAAGGUAGACUUUUCAUACCAACGCUAAGAAUGUAGAUAAAUUGGUUAAACUGCAGUGUCGCGUAUCUUCAAUCUGGCGAUCUGUCAAUUGCUUAUAACGAAGAAACAGCUGAUCCUUAUGAUCGAGAUACUGACAAAUUUUAUCCCAUCAACAAAGGUUACAUGUGACAUUUGCAAAGUAAAUACUGUACAUUUUCUUUACCAGUACUCCUCGCAUUUUUUUUCGACGAAUGAUAGCGUGGGGACAUUAUGGUAUACGCAAUGACUUGUACCGUAUCCCAAAAAAAUGAAUGCAACUCUACGGUGUUACUGGUUGCAACGCCUCUUUUUAUUUAAGUGUGCACCACAUUAAUGCAAUAAUAAUAUGCUAAGGUCAAAAGACUCUGACAGCGACGGUGUUACAACUAAUACCGUACGAGUCCAAGAAAGUUGUAGAGGAAAAAAAGGUGAUAAGGGACAUGAAGAAAGUAGUGGAUGCAUUCUAAAAAACGCUUUACUUUCUAUACAAUCUGACGAAGAAGAUUUCUUGGAGAAAGAAGCAUCCAAGGUCUUACUUCUUCAGAAAGGAUCAGAUGUUGACGGUGAGUCUGCAACUAAUUCUUGGAAUAAUGUAAAUACAGAUUCGUCGGUAUCAUACGUCACUUCUAUUCCUAAUGGAAAAGAAUUUGUUAUUUUAACUGGUCUUGAACAAGUUAAUGAUAAAGCUGUGACUACGACUAAAGGACUGAAACUGUAUGAUAGUUUGAUCCCUUUUGAAAAAAAUUCUAAAAUUCAACAUAGUUCAAAACAGCACAAUAAGAUAAUAUUGUUAGGCGAAUUUGUGUCCGAACAAGAAGCAAUAAUUGGUAUUAAAAACGGGGAACAAACAGAGACUACGAAAGACAUAAAAGAAAGCAUGGAACAAAUAAAUUACAAUACCAAAACAUUCGAUAACAGUCAGUUUGAGAAAAAUGAGGCAGAUCUUAAGGAAAGUAACAAUUGGUUGAAGAGUUUCCGACCUCUUCCUCUCUAUUAUACAGAACGUGGUAAACCUUAUUUGAAGUGUCCAGCCUGUGGUGCUAUGUUUUUCACAUCGACCUCAUUUCAAAAACAUCUUUUUACACAUAUGUAUAAGGAAAGAGAAGCAUAUACUUGCUCAUUUUGCGAAUAUACUAACACAGAACCUGGUAUGUUGUUCGCCCAUUUGUCAAAGCACCAAGAUCAGUGCGAAUAUUGCAAUGAAAAUAUAAUGCGCAAAAGUAAUUUUGAAAAACACUGGGGUAUUUGCUCUCUAAGUUUCAGUAUCAAGAGAGAUCGCAGAGGAAGAUUUGUAUGUACAAUGUGUAAACUAGUGUUUGAUUUGUUGCCCCAAUUAGAAAAACAUUGGUUUAAACAUGCUUGCAAAAAAAGGCGGACUUACCAGUGUAAAGAAUGUGGAGGAUUGUAUGGAAACAAAACCAUAUUACAAAAUCACAAGUGUUUAAAGUGUCCCGUCUGUGGUGAAGUUUAUGAUAGCUUACAUAGAUUAAAGGCACACACAAUGUGGAUGAAACAUCAUUUGAAGUGCCUAAUUUGUUCCUACGAAUUUGUUCUCGCAAUGGAUCAUGAAAAACAUUUAGCUAUGCACAGACAGGCUUAUUUACCUAUGAAAGAGCAUGCUCAUUGUUUGGAAGCAGCCGACGGAAAAUCAUAUCAAUGCGAUCUUUGUGACAAAAUAUUUUAUGCUUUAACACGACUGAUAUUACAUGUAAAGGAAGAUCACGGGAUAGAGGACAUAAAAAGAGAAGCUAUUAAAGAGGAAAAGGAUGAGAAGGAGCAUAACGAGGCAAGCAGCAGAUUACACGUCGGUACAACAGUGUGGACAAGUACUUUGGCUGUGAAUCGCUACUAAUUGCUCCUGCGAAGUACGAAAAAUUGGAAUACAAAUGUGUAAUAAUUUUAAACAUACAUUUUAUACUCUUACGAAUAUAUAACACAUAAUUACGUUAUAGAAAUUAAAUCGUACUGUUGUUGAAACUCAAUAUAUAAAUGUCUAUGUUAAGAGUUAGUAAGUUCCCGAAUUUAUGAUAGAGGCACACAAAUUAUUAUUAUUAUAAAUCAUAUUAAAAUGAUACGUUAAAUUUAUAAUUAUAUGCUUAUAAGCAAUGUAUUUAUUUUAUAAAAUUUUAUUCGGAAAAAAUAAUAUUAUAAGAAUUUGAUUUUAUUAAUUGUUCAAACAGGGUAGCUUGCACAAUGUCAAAUGCUUUAAUGAUGCUUCUCUAAUUUGUCUGUACCCUUGCGCAUAAAAAGGAGUGGGCAUCAAAAAUUUUCGAUUAUUAAAUAAUGUACUCUCAAAAUAAUAUACCGUUAUAUUAUUCUUUUUUUUUUGUCUCAAUCCGUUCGUUCUUUACAUUAUAGAACAUCUAAAACAUUGUAUAGAGAUGUAUAAUUUCUGUAUAAGCAUACGCAUUUUAACGUAAUGCACAAGUAUAUCUCCAACUUCUCUUGCAUUGUCAUACAGAGAUGAAACCUUAAUGAUUAGGAAGCAUUUAAGAUGUUAUGUUAGAUUUUAUUAUUUUUUGUAUUUUCUUCUUUGUUACUUUUUUUUUUUGGUACUAUGACUCAGUCACGUAAUAACACCUUCGCAAAAAUCUUUAUAAUGUACAAUGUACUUGUAAUUACAGAUCUAUAUGGUAGCAUAGCUAUGCUAUAAAAUAUUGGAUGAUAUAAAGAGUUAAGUUUCCUUAAGUAUUCUCUUUAAAAAAAAUAAAAGCUUAUUCAUAAUAACCACUUUUUUUUCUUUUUUUGAUAUACUUAUUAUUAAAUACAGCAACUUGUCGAGCUCAUAGUUGUUAGUAAAUCAUUACGAUCUAUCGAUCGAUCGAUCACUAUUCCACUGAGAAAAAUGGUUCCGAUAAGAACACAGCAUAUGUCGACGAAAGGCAAUAUGAAAUAUAGUCUAGCGUUUUGCGAUCGUUGUUUUUCAUUGAAAAAUAAAAGUCGAGGUAUAUUCUAUAUACGUGCAUUAAAACUUUUGCAAUCAAACUUACUUUUUUUUCGUCUACAUAUACAGCAUCUCGCUUUAAUUCUUCUUUUAUUUAUUUUUUUUUGUUUUUUUUUGUUUUUGUUUUUUGUUUUUUUUUUGUUUUUUUUUUGUUAAAUGCAUUUAACAUUGAUUCUCGUUUUCACUUUCUCUCCGUUUUCUUAUCCUAGUUUUAUCAUAUUGCAAAGAUUUUUUCCUCAUAUCCGACUUUUAUCAUCCCGAAGUAUUAUAGAGAUAACUUGUAACUGUAAAAAUAAAAUUACAUUCGAGAGAGAGAGAGAGAGAGAGAGAGAGAGAGAGAGAGAGAGAGAGAGAGAGAGAGAGAGAGAGAGAGAGAGAGAGAGAGAGAGAGAGAGAGAGA